AUGGAUCAGGAAGAAGAUUAAGAAUAUUUUUUCAAUAUGACUUUGUUGUAUGUUUAUGUCUUUAAACUUUUAGUAAAAAAAGCUUUGUUUCAGCCUUCAAAGAUCAAUCAUAUGUCCAUUAAAUUUUGUCAAAUAUAUAAUUUAAUGUACUUAAAGGAUUUAAAAUCAGAUUAGUGUAAAACUUUAAUUUUAUUAUUCUUCUAAAUAGUGCAAAUGAACACAUAGAUGAUGUAGAUUUUGAUAAAGUUAUCUUUCUUUUUGAUGGAUAGAAAAUUGCUUCAAAUUCAAUGAGUCACAUCUUAAUCAAUUCAGAGUAUAAUAUUAAUUAUAAACUAAUAGAAAUGGUAAUUAUUUAUCUCCUAAAACCUAUUAUAAAAUAUUAUAACCAUUUAGUUUCAAUCUCAGGAUGUUAUCUCUUAAUAUUAUGGAUAAUGCAGGUCUUUCUAUAGUUGAAUGGCUAUAAUACUUAUCACUGAUAAUCUAAUCUUGUGUUUAAUUAGAAUAAUUGUAUAUAUAAAUUCACAAAUAUUUUACAAUUAUUCUAAAUAAAGGAUACUUUUCAAUCAAACUUAAGUAAAUCUAUCAUUAAAUUAAGAUGUGGAAUAACAAAUGAUUGUACUAGUAUUCAAUAAUUGGCAUUUCUGAGUUCUAAAUUACAAUUUAAUUAAUUUCGAUUGAAAAUAGAUGAUGAUAAUGUUAUUAAAGAUAGUCUUGAUCAUUUUGGUCCAAUUCUUCUUAAUUGUAAUAAUUUAAAUUAUUUUUCAUUAACAAUAGGGUAAUUUAUUUAUUCUAUUUAAUAUUAAGAUAAUCUUGUCAAUUAUAUUCAACAAAAUUUUUAGAAAAUUUAAAUAAUCAACCUAUAACAUUUUUUAAAUUGAAAAUUGGUAAUUCUAAUGAAAUUGGAAGUCAAGCCUUAUAAACAAUUUUAUUAUUGGUAUAGAAUAAAUUAAAACAUCUAAAACUUUAAGUUGGGUAAUUUAUUUUAAAUUUAGUUAUUUUAGAAGUUCAACUAAAAUAUUUAAAUAACUUUAAUUGCAAUAAAUUUAAUGUAAUAAAUUAGAAUAGUUAAAUUUUAAAAUUGGUAAGAAUAAUGAUUUCCAAAAUGGAGGAGCCAAGUUCUUAGCAUUAUUAUUAGAUUCACCUUAAUUAUAAAUUGUCAAAAUAAGUAUUGGAGAUUCUAAUUAAAUGACAGAUCUAUAAGCUUUAUAUAUAUUUAUAUUAUUGUAAAAAUUAAGAACAGUUAAUAUAUUGGAAUUAGAAUUUGAGUAAUAUAAUUAUAUUAAUUAAAUAGACGAAAUAUAUGUGUUAAUAAGUAUUGUUUAGAAUAAUUAGAGAAACUCAUCAAUAAAAGUAGUAAUUUAAAUAGUCUUUCUUUAAAUUUUGCAAAAUAAUAAUAAAAUUUAGAUUUUUCUAAUUUAUUUAAUACACUUGGAUAAAAGAGAAAUUUAGUUAAUUUAGAUCUAAGCAUUGGUGGACAACAAAGUUUACCUGAUUUAACUGAAUUGGGAAUAAGAUUAAGACAAUUAGAGUAUCUAAGUGUUUUCAAAUUAAAUUUGAAGGGGAAUAAUAAUAUAGAAUAUACAAAAUUAUGUUAAUUUUUAGAAUAAGUAAAAUCAAAUAAGACUCUUAAUUUACUAUCUUUAAAAACAGGAUCUCAGAAAUCUAGUGAUUAUAGAUAAGAGGAAAUGAGAUCAAAUGCAAUUCUAUUAUAAAAGAUUUGUCUCUUUGGAACACCUAUAAUUGUUUAUUUUAGUCAUUUAAAUGAUCAAAUAAGUUACUAAUAUAAUUUUGAUAGAUUAUAACUAAUUGGAAUUGAACAAGUUGUUUCAAGAGAUAUAUUAAUGCCUAUUCCUUCAAAUUAAUUGGUAAUAUAAAUAAGAGAAGUAUUCAAUGUAGAUAAUUUAUAUUUGAGAUAAAUCUAUUCCUUAAUCAAAUAAUAGGAAUAUAUUGAUAUACAAUCAUAUUAAUUAUAUAUCAAAUAUUAAAAAGGAGUUUCAUUAAUGAAAAUUGGUUAAUUAAAUUAUCUUAUUUAAUUUUUAUUAUUCACAUAAAGAUAAAUAACUGAAAUUCAAAUGUAUAGUCAUAAAUAUUAUAAAUUAUUAGUUUUGAAGAUAAUUUUCUUUGGAUAGGAAUUAGUGAUUUACUUCAUGAAUUGAUCAAAAGAUAAAAAAUAGCAGAGAUUCCAGAAUUUAGAUUUAUUUCAAUAACAAUUAGUAUAAAAUUGUAAAAUGGAUCAUUGUCAAUAAUAGCGUAAUAUUAUAAAUAAUUAAUUAUAGAGUGGAACCUAUGUAAUUAGAUUUAUAAGGAUUUACAUAAUUUUGUGAAUUUUUAUUUUUGAUUUCUUAUUUUGAAGUGAGAUUUCUAAAAAUAGAAUUUCCAAUAACAAAUUUCAGUUUAGAUUGGAAUGAAUUUAGUAAUGCAUUAAUAAAUUUUGAAUAAUUACAACAAUUAGAUGUUAAAUUUAAGAAUAUGUCCCACAAUGAGGGUAGUUGUAAAGAUUAUAAAUUAUUCCAUAAAAAUUUAUGUAAAGUAUUUAUAGAAAAUAAAUAUCUCACUGCAUAUGAUUAGUAAGAAUUUAUAAAAUAUAUUUAAUUAGUUUUAGUGAAAAAGCAGUAUUUCCUAUUCCUUUGCAAUAUCAUUUGGGUAAUCAAAUAAAAGAAUUGGAGGAAUAGAUUCAUUAAUAAGAGGAAUAAGUUUAAAGAAUUUUGGAUGGUCAUCCUAAUCCUGGAGAUUAAAAUGUUGUCUUUGAUCAACUUCAAUAGAGUUUAUAAGCAAAUAAGAAGGAUUUAUAAGAGAGAAACUAAGAUAUAAAGGCUGGCAAGGAAUAUGAAAGAAUAAAAUCCAAAGUUUUAUUAAGAAGAAGAAGAUUGACUUAUUAGUACUUUAUGGCAAUAAAGAAAUAUUCAUAAAGGUUAAACAAAUAAUAAAUGAUAUCUGAUAUUAUUGACAUGUUAUGA